AUGGCGGCACCUGCGUUCCACGAAUCCCUCCCGUACAUCGACACGCCGUCCGAGUCGGAGCUGGCCAGGGCGCGCGCGCUCGUCGCGCAAGAAGCGCAAGCUACGCCGCGGGGGGACACCACCCAACAAGCAGCGCCGGAGCCGGCCUUUUCGGAGGCGAUGCAGACGGAGCUCGCGCGCGUCGCGUCGUCGACGGCCCUGACGCCGCUCGACACGAGCCGCUACGAGGCGCAGGACCUGCCGCCGCCGGGGAAGGGGACAGGCACGGGGGACGCGGCGCCGGUCCUCGGCCGCGCGUACACGUCGGCGGCGUACCUGCGCUCGCGGCUGCAGAACCUGGAGCUGCUGGAGAGGCACGGCGCGCCCGCGUGGCUCCUGGCAAACUACCACCUCGAGGCGGCGCUGGGGCGGGCCGAGGCCGAGCUCGCCCGGACAAAGGGCGAGCUGGACGGGGUGAAUGACGCGCGGAGGCGGCGGCAGGCCGACGUGGCCGCCGAGAUGGCCGGGCUGGAGGAGACGUGGAGGACCGGCGUGGGCAGGGUGCUGGAGACGGAGCUGGCUGUCGAGGAGCUCAGGGCCUCGAUACGGGAGGAGCUGAGGAAGAAGGGGGGGCUGUCGGGCUGA